AUGGAAGAAGACCCGCUCGCCUAUCACAAGUCUGUCCUGAAAGACGAGAUGUUGGCACGAAGACUCAGACAGGCAGGAGAUCUUCGCAGAGUCUCGCAGUCUCGCAAGCAACUUACGAAAGAGUUUACCAAUCGACCUCUACCUUCUUGUCCUGAGACAAGACAGAUUGCUCGUCCUGUGCCCGAGGACUUCUACAGGCCUUGCUACCUCCCUCCCGCUCACUUAAAGAAGAUUCUCUUGAAGGAUCUCAAGUUCGAAACUCACCAUCGUGGCAGCUUCUUGCUCCUGCGCGUCUUCUGCCAGCCCUUUCGCAAGUCAGCUGUCGUGGCUGCAAUCGAAGAUGAGACCAGAGAUGUCGACAGACUGGUUGUCUACCAGACCAGAGAGUCCCUUCGUGCCUUCGAAGUCCUACCAGAGAGCUCUGUGGUUACGAUCAAGGAGCCAUUCUACCACAUGGAAGAGGACGGCCGGUACGCACUUCGGGUCGACCACCCGUCCGACAUGGUGGUAUUGGACCAUUUCCACAAGCUGUAUCCAGAGCAGUGGCAGAAUCAUGAAGAGACGCAAAUGACGGCUAUGAGUUGGAAGCUCGAAGGUGACAGAGCCGUCAUGGGGGAAGAGUACCUGGAAGCACACCGCUGUUAUACCAGUGGCCUUGCCUGCGUGGACCCAGAGGCAUACGAGGGUAUGCGCAACCCGAUGCGCGACCUAUGUCGCAGUCGCUCGCUGGCCGACCUCCAUCUCAGUCGCUAUGAUGCGUCCGUUUUGGACGCUUUCAAGUCGAUCUCCAAUCGCCAGGAUGACAGAGCCAAGUCAGAAGACGCAGAAGCCUGGUUCUGCCGCGGUCGAGCCAACUAUCAGCUUGGACAUUAUGCUAAUGCUCUCCACGCCUACGAGCGCAUGCUCAUGCUUGCUCCGACUGACUUGCAGUGCCACCAAGAACUGGACAGAACGAAAAAGCGCCUUCUGGAACAGCGGGAAGGAGCAUACGACUUCGCAGAGAUGAUCGAGGAGGUUACCAAGAAUGGUUACUUUGCCGAUCGUGCCAGCUUCAUUUCGAAGACCGAAGCGCGCCAGACUCAAGACCGUGGUCGUGGACUUUUCGCAACCAAGGACUUGCGCAUGGGCGAUCUCAUCCUGUGUGAGAAGGCGUUUAUGACCGCACACCCCAAUGAUCGCACACCAAGAUCGACCGUGCCAGUAUGGCUCGACAGCGUCCAGAAGGUGGUCGACAGUCCUUCGCAGAGCAAAGACCUGCUUGGUCUGUACGCUGGACAACCACAUACCUCGCCCAUCUCUGCUCCUAUCAUGGAUGGUGUUCCGGUGGUCGACACCUUCAGGGUCUCAAGGAUUCUCGAUUUGAAUGGCUUCAGCUACACCGUGGGUCGUGAAUCACACGCAUACGGCACCUCGGCGAUGAUGACCAGAGAGAGCCCCAAAUCGACUGGCCUGUGGAUACGCGUCGCCAACGCCAAUCACGCUUGCUUGUCGAAUGCGGUGAGAAGCUUUGUCGGUGAUAUGAUCAUUCUCAGAGCCGCAAGGGAUAUCAAGAAUGGCGAAGAGAUUACUAUCUCCUAUCAGAAACCUGCGCCACUCCUAGCAGACCGUCAGAAGGUUCUUUUUGACUCUUGGCGUUUUCAAUGCAACUGCCUUCUCUGCACAUCGGAGGCGAGCUCCGUGGCCAAGAUGCACGAUCUUGCUGAACAUGUCGAGACUUCUAUGGCAUUCGUGGCAGACAGAACCUUGGACACAAUCCUUGCUGCCGAUUCAGAGCUGAUCGCGAUGGCUGAGAUCGUUGCAGAGGACCUCGAGGAGAUGUAUGCUGACAAUCUGAUGCAUCGUCUACCUUGCCUUGGUAUGGGCGACAUCUGGCAGUGGCUUUGCCAGACAUACUGCCAGAAUCUCAACAGAAGCCAGCUCAAGCGCUGUGCCAUCAAGGUUCUUCAGAGUCAUGGCUACUGGAUGACUCUGCAAGGCUCCCAAUUGAGCAUAGAUCUUGCUCAUGGAAUACCGACCGUUGCAGUUGUGGACGCCUUGAUGUAUCUGGCUGGUGUGGCUGAAGGAGAGCAGCAGAUCGAGCUUCGCCGGGAGUUCGAGGCCUGGGCCAGAAGGUUCUACGAGAUUGUGAACGGAAAUAUGACGGGGUUCGAACUGAAGUACUGA